GCAUUUGGCAUAUUCCUGGCCUGGGAGACCAGACAUGUUAGCAUUCCAGCGCUUAAUGACUCCAAAUAUAUCGGAAUGAGUGUCUAUAAUGUGGUGAUCAUGUGUGUGAUCGGCGCCGGCCUAUCAUUCGUGUUGCGCGACCAACAGGACGCAGCCUUCGUUAUAAUCUCGAUAUUCAUAAUCUUCUGCUCGACUGCCACCCUAUGCCUGGUGUUCGUCCCUAAGGCGGGGGACAGGAGAGUGAGAGCCACACUCAAGCCAUUCAAGAAGUCUCGUCGAGAUUCAGAUGAGAUGGAACUCCACCACAGAAUCAAAGUGGUGACGGAAGACAACUUCAGGUUUCGUCAACGACUCAAAGAAAAAGCCUAUGAAUUGGAAGCCCUGACGUUCCGCUUAAGGGGAUUAGAAGAAUCAUCUCUUGUUAUAACUAAAGCAGAAACUCAACAAAUAAUCGCCAGUAUUGGUAGUAUAGGUAGUGGUGUCGGUGUAGGCCUCGAACCUCUCGAUAUUAAGGAUCAAGAAUUGAAUGAUAGCAAAGAAAAUGUAAAGGAAUGUCACAAAUGGAAUCCCUAUGAAAGUUUGAAAGUGACUUCGCUGUCGGCCUCACCAUCACUAGACGUGUCACGAAAUGGAGUUUUCGACCAUAAGAUGCCUAUACCUCCACCAGAAUCAUGUCCUGAAUUCUUAGAACAAAGAAUAGAUAAACUAUUGAAUAGUAGAUGUGAAGUAAAACAGAGCUCAUCAGAGCUGCUAUCACUUCGAGCACUGUCUCUAAUAGACAAACAAGAAACUAAUAGUAAUAAUAACACUAAAAUCAAGUUCUCUAACAAUAGAUCUCACAAUAGCAGCGAUAAGAGUACUGAAAGUUCGGUUAAUAGUAGUAUUAGUUAUAAGCAAUCGGAGUUUCUAUCUCCUGUCAGUGCAACAGAGGAACAGUACAUUCAAAUUGAUUCCAACCAAAGAGAAUUAGGUCUCGAGUCUGAUGACACCUCUUAUGCCAAAGCAAUCCGACAAACGUCUCAUAAAUAUCACUUAAACGACUUCUCCUCCUGUGAUGACGACGACAACGACCGCUACGAACACACCGGACAAAGAGGCAUGGAAGCCAUGCACCGCAACAUACGAAGACGAGCCCAGAGUUUAGGAGGACUGCAGACCACCACCAGAGGGGAAGGCGUGUCACUGGUGUCUGAGGCGUCGAUGGAUGCCCUGAAUGUGUCAAAUGCCGGAUCCAAUUAUGCCACCUCUCAUAACAUUGAGAGCACUUUUAUUCGUCUAUUUCCAUACUUUAACCGCAACACUGAGCAGAACCUACUGAGAACAGGGUCUUCAUGUCCUCAGGUGACAGUGCGGUGUGAUAUCGUUGAAUAUCUUUAAUACCAUACACUGUAUUAAUAUUAUUAAUACAUAUUUCACACUCGGCUUAACAUUUAAAUUGUUUCAUAUAUUUAAAUGAUGAGCACAUCCUUACAGUAUUACUAUAAAUGUAAUCUUCUAUACAGAGUAUAUAUAAUAUAUAUAUAAAUAUAAAUACUUAUAUAAAUUAUAAC